AAAGUCCAAAUGCAACCAGCGCCACACACAACUCCCGCAUAUGAGAAAGGAAUCAAAUUGAGGGGAUGAGAAACCACUUGAGUGGAGAAGAAACUAAAGAUUACAGCCACGGCUCUUCCCAAUGUGGUGGCUUGUCUCCGUUUGUUGCAUUCGCCGCCGCAAACGACGGUCAAAGAACCCAGAGUCAAAGGAGGACUGGCUUUCCCUCCUCAACUUCACAGUAACAAGCUUCCUAUUCUUGGUCGCGCCUAUAGUAUUGGUAACCGUCGUUUCAUCACUUGAGUCCGAUGGCAGCGUGUUAGGACUGAGUCAGAUAAAGGAGAAAUGCAGUAAGUGGCAAUGGAAAGGCCAGUACUCCAUCAACUACUUUGUCUCCUCUUCUUCCCCUUCGAGUCCUCCUUUGCUUCUCGUUCACGGGUUCGGUGCUUCCAUUCCUCAUUGGAGAAGGAAUAUUGGCACAUUGGCUCAGGAUUACACUGUUUAUGCAAUUGAUCUUCUGGGUUUUGGUGACUCAGAUAAGCCUCAAGUACAGUGUUGGAAAACCCAUGUUUUGGUUUGUGAUGAUAUGCUCUGCUUGGUACAAGAUUCCAGUGGAAACAUGGUUAGAGGGAUUGUGCUGUUGAAUUGUGCCGGCAGGAUGAACAACAAGGCAAUUAUUGAUGAUUGGAGGAUCAAGCUGUUGUUUCCUUUGCUUUUGUUGUUUGAUUUCUUACUGAAGCAAAGACCGAUCACUGAGGCCGUCUUCGAGCGUGCCAAGCAAAGAGAUAACCUAAGGAGCAUUUUGUUUUCUUUUUAUGGAAACAAAGAGUCUGUGGAUGAUGAACUGGUUGAGAUCAUCAACGGACCAGCAAACGAUGAAGGUGCUCUCGAUGCCUUCGUCUCGAUUAUAACUGGUCCACCAGGGCCGAACCCCGUCCAAUUGAUGCCGAGAAUUAACUUACCUGUCCUUGUUUUAUGGGGGGAUCAAGAUCCGUUCACCCCGAUCGACUGUCCCGUAGGUAAGUUCUUCUCUUCCUUACCUUCGAAAUCGUCAAAUGUAAGCCUUCAUAUGUUGGAAGGUGUAGGGCAUUGCCCCCACGAUGAUAAACCUAAGCUAGUUCAUCAUAAGUUGCUUCCUUGGUUGGCUCAAGUUACUGCUUUGUGAGAGC